GGCAAAGAGAUUGUUCUAAAACAAUGUUAAAGUUGAGUUAUAUUUUUGGUAUAAGUAUCCUACUGGUCGAAUACUGUUCUGCAGCGGAUAAAACUGGCCCGUGUCCCUCAACUAAAUCAGUACCGCAAUCCACAUACAAAGGCAAUGUAAUCCAAAGGUCACUGUUAGUUAGUACGAUUAACUUUAAUCAAACAUUUUUCAACGUUUGUAAUGAGAAGAAGUAUCCAUUUGAAUCAAAGAAUGAUUAUCUUACCUUGGGUACGGAUAACAAGAGCUAUAUGGUUCUGUAUAAGUGUAAAUUUCAUGAGAAAGAAAACAAGCAUAUAGAAAUGGCAUUUUCAUAUGUUAUGAGAUCAGCCACUAAGGAAUCUAUCAAUGCCAUUGACGAGGCUUUUAGGAAAAAUGGUUUGAAUCCCAAAUCUGUAUUAGUUUUAUGUAAAAAGUAAAUCCUGUUGGCAAUAUUGCAUUGCAAUUGGCUCUAGAGUUCAAAAUAAAUUAUUUGAAUUUUUGAAUUUGUA